AUGAAGAGCAACAAUUCCAUUAUUCAACCUGUUGCAUUUUGUGACAAAUUAGGAAUCAAUACUCAAAGGUAUGUCAUUGACCUGCAGCAGGAUUCUCACAAACCAGUUGAUAAUGUCCUGAAGAGAGUCAAAGAGCAACACAAAACCAGCAUGAAAAACAAGUAUGAGAGCAUAUAUGAGGGAAUCAAACUACAAGAUAAUCAAACCCUCCUGAACAGGAUUUACACACAGAUAUAUCUUAUAGAGGGAGAGAGUGAAGGGGUGAAUGAAGAACAUGAGGUUUUACACAUGGAGAAAACACCCAGAACUCAACACUUACAAGACACUCCAAUCUACUGCAAUGACAUCUUUAAACCUUUACCUGAACCAGGAUGUGAGGAGAAGAGAAAAGUCCAAAUAAAGACUGUUCUUACUAAAGGCAUCGCUGGAAUUGGAAAAACAGUCUCUGUGCAGAAGUUCAUUCUGGACUGGGCCGAGGGAAAAGCCAAUCAGGAUGUAGACUUCAUGUUUGUGCUUCCAUUUCGAGAGCUGAACUUGAUUAAAGAUGAGCAGUACAGUCUUCACAAACUUCUGCUGGACUUUCAUCCUGAACUUCUUGAUCUGGACUCAAAGAGUUAUGAGGAGUGUAAAGUUGUGUUCAUCUUUGAUGGUCUGGAUGAAAGCAGAAUUCCACUGAUGUUUUCAGAUAGUGAGAAAGGUUCUGAUGUGACUGAGACUUCAUCAGUGGGUGUGCUGAUGUCAAAACUCAUCAAAGGAGAUCUGCUUCCCUCUGCUUUCAUCUGGAUCACCUCCAGACCAGCAGCAGCCAAUCAGAUCCCCUCCAAAUACAUCAAGCGUGUGACAGAAAUACAGGGAUUCAAUGACCCUCAGAAGGAGGAAUAUUUCAGGAAGAGAAUCAGUGAUGAGCAUCAAGCCAGCAGAAUCAUCUCACACAUUAGAAGAGCAAGAAGCCUCCACAUCAUGUGCCACAUACCAGUCUUCUGUUGGAUCUCAUCCACUGUGCUUCAAAACAUCCUGAAACAAGAUGACAGUGCAGAAAUCCCUCAAACUCUGACUGAAAUGUACAUCCACUUCCUGCUCAUUCAGAUCAAUAUGAGGAAUCAGAAGUAUGAAGAGAGAGAUCCAGAGAAACUCCUGCAGUCCAGCAGAGAAGUGAUUGUGAAACUCGCUGAAGUGGCUUUCAAACAACUUAUGAAGGGCAAUGUCAUGUUCUAUGAGGAGGACCUGAGAGAGAGUGGCAUAGAUGUCACUGAUGCCUCAGUGUAUUCUGGGAUCUGCACUGAGAUCUUUAAGGAGGAAUCUGUGAUUCAUCAGAGGAAAGUCUACAGCUUCGUACAUCUCAGCUUCCAGGAGUUUCUGGCUGCUUUUCAUUGCUAUCACAGCUAUGUAUGUACUACUACAGAGGCAGUGAAGACUUUUGAUUCAUUGUAUAAUUUACUUAAGGGAGCUGUUGAUAAAGCUGUCAAGAGUGACAAUGGAUACCUUGAUCUUUUCUUGCGAUUCCUGCUGGGCAUCUCACUGGAGUCCAAUCAGAGGCUCUUACAGGAUCUACUUACACACACAGAGAACAGCAUAGAAUGCAUCAUGGAAACCAUUAUUUAUAUUAAAAGUAAACUCAGAGAGGGACAUGGAUUAUCAGCUGAUCGAUCCAUCAAUCUGUUCCUCUGUCUGCUGGAGAUGAAAGAACAGACUCUGUACAGAGAAAUUCAGGAUUUUGUGAAAUCAGACAAACACUCAGAGAAUAAACUCUCUCCUGCUCAAUGUUCAACAAUCACCUACAUGCUUCAGAUGUCAGAGGAGGUGCAGGAUGAGCUUGACCUGAAGAAAUUCAACACAUCAGAGGAGGGUAGAAAAAGACUGUUACCUGCUGUGAGCAACUGCAGAAAAGCUCUUUUUGCUGAUUCUAAUCUCAGUGGUCAAUUUUGUGACAUUGUGGUCUCAGCUCUACAAUCACCAAACUCCCUCCUGAGAGAGCUGGAUCUGAGUAACAAUGACCUGCAGGAUUCAGGAGUGAAGUUGAUCUCUGAUGCACUGAAGAGUACAAACUGUAAACUAGAGAUACUUCGAUUGUCUGGCUGUAUGGUGACAAAGGUCGGCUGUUGUUAUGUGGCUUCAGCUCUUUGUUCAAACCCUUCACACUUGACAGAGCUGGAUCUGAGCUACAAUCAUCCAGGAGAAUCAGGAGUCAAACAGCUCUCUGAAAGACUCAACAAUCCAAACUGCAAACUGGACAAACUCAAUCUGGACCAUAAUGAACACUUCAGAAUCACACCAGGACUACUGAAAUAUGCCUGUGAACUCACACUGGAUCCAAACACAGCAGACACUCGUUUCUCCCUGUCUAAAGGUAACAGAAAGGCCACAUAUAUGAAAGAGCAACAGCCAUAUCUUGAUCAUCCAGAGAGAUUUGAAAAGUGUCCUCAAGUUUUGUGUAGAGAGAGUCUGACUGGACGCUGUUACUGGGAGGCUGAAUUGAGCGGGAGGGGUGCUUAUAUAUCAAUGGCAUAUAAAGGAAUCAGCAGGAAAGGAGAAAAUGAUGACUGUUUGUUUGGAUGCAAUGAAAAGUCCUGGUGUCUGGACUACUCAUAUAACAGAUUCAGCGCCUGGUACAACAAUAACGGCAUACACAUGCCCACCCCUACACCCACGUCUGACAGAUUUGGAGUGUAUCUGGACUGGUCGGCUGGCACUCUGUCCUUCUACAGCGUCUCUGACACACACACACUCACACACUUACACACAUUCAACACCACAUUCACUGAACCUCUCUAUGCUGGAUUUGGGAUUUAUCCUGAUACUUCAGUGUCUCUUUGUCAGAUUUAACAAAAACAACUGGCAUCCUGUUUACACCUCUCUACACCUUUUUAGUGAUUCGAUCACACAUGGUUAAAAGAGGUGUAAACAGGGCCUAAAAUGUUUUGUGAUCAGAUCAAAAAAUGUUUUUUUCGAGUUAUGUUAUACUUUUUAUACUUUGCUAACUUGAUAUUAUACUUUCGUGCAAUCUCUAUGACUUCCAGAGACCUCAAAGUUGGGGCAAGAGAUCUUAAUGUCUGGGAUUUCUGCUUUAUUGU